ACCACCUGCUACUGGUGAUGACUGAAUAACCCUUAAACAGUAGACCAUUAUUUGAGAUUAUCGCUGAUCUUGUAUUCUGUAAAGUAAAUAUAAUCAUAUAAUUAAAGAAAAACAAGACAAUACUUGUUUAAUUUGAUAAAAAAAAAAAUAGAUAUGUGUGUUUUGUUCUAAAGAAGGAAGUGAUUCUGGCUAAUUAUACCUAUAAUGGUAACCCAGCCAUCUGUUACUUUCAUCUCAUCACACAUGCAUUUCCCUCAGAUUCUUCAGACUUCUUUCAGCGCUCAAUCCAUCUUGACAAGAGAACUCACAAGAUCGCUUUUCACACUCCUACCGGAACUAUGUACUUUCACCUGAUGUGCGUGCUGGGUCUCUGCAGUUGUUUCUCCAUGUCCAAAGCCAGCAGAUGGUACCCAAAAACCUUGCCUUGUGAUGUGAGUGAUGCCAACAACGGUAGUGUGGUGAAGGUGGACUGCACUGAGAGGACCCUCACUGAUAUCCCACGCGACAUCCCAAAAGAUGUUACCAAUCUGACACUUACUAUUAACCAUAUCCCGAAGCUCAACUCCACUUCCUUUCAUGGUCUGGACAACCUGACUGAGAUUGACAUGAGGUGCAACUGUGUGCCAAUUAAAAUUGGCCCAAAGGACCACAUGUGUAUUUCGAGCGUGACCGUUGAAGAAAACACCUUUACCAGCCUGAAAAAUCUACGAGCACUCUAUCUCGAUGGCAAUCAGCUCAACAGUAUACCCAAAGGCCUGCCUCCCAACCUGGUCCUGCUCAGCUUGGAAGUCAAUCAUAUCUUUUUUAUUGCCAAAGAAAACCUCUCUGAGCUCCAAAGCAUUGAAAUCCUUUACCUGGGUCAAAACUGUUAUUACCGUAAUCCGUGUAAUGUUUCCUACGUUGUUGAAGAUGGUGCAUUUUUACAGCUUAACAAGUUAACGUUGUUAUCGCUUAAGUCAAAUAACUUGUCCUUUGUCCCACCUCGACUCCCCGCAAGCCUCAAGGAGCUGUAUCUCUAUAAUAACAAAAUAGAGAAAAUCACCGAGGAGGAUUUCCAGAACUUGACUAACUUGGAGAUUCUAGACAUUAGCGGAAACUGUCCCCGAUGCUACAAUGCCCCAUUCCCAUGCACUCCAUGCUCAGAUAAUUCGCCGCUUCAAAUCAGCAAGACUGCUUUUCAAACGCUGACCAAACUGAAGACGCUACGGCUUCACAGUAACUCUCUCACGCGUGUGCAUGCUGAAUGGUUUGCCAAAGCUAAGGAGUUGAGACAAAUUGAUCUCUCAUCUAAUUUUUUAGCAACAGAGAUUGGGUACAUUACCUUCCCACCAGCCCUGGCAAAGCUGGAAGAACUGGACCUUUCAUUUAACUAUGAGCUUCAGAAAUACCCUGCAACUUUGAUACUGAGUUCCUCUUUCUCCUCCCUUAAAUCCCUUAAAAUUCUCAGGCUAAGGGGUUUUGUGUUUCAACAGCUAACCACCCGGAGUAUACAUCCUUUAAUCGCUCUACCCAACCUAGAGGUUAUAGAUCUGGGUACAAACUUCAUUAAAAUGGCAAACCUCAGCAUUCUGAUGGAACUGAAGAGCUUCAAAAUUAUGUCUCUGUCUGACAAUAAAAUAUCUUCCCCCUCUGAAGGGCAGGAUGCUUUUGGUUCUUCUGGAGGAGAACCAUUACAUUGGUCUCCUAUGUCUCCUGGUGCUCAGUACAAAGAUACAACAGUGAGGGAGAUCCAUUAUUUUAGAUACGACGAAUAUGCUCGCAGCUGCAAAUACAAAGAUAAAGAACUUGGAACUGUCACUUCUUUUGUCAGUCAGAACUGCAGCCAGUUUGGCAAGACACUGGAUUUAAGCAGAAACAACAUUUUCUUCCUACAUCCAAGGUUUUUAAAUCUUGCAGACUUGAGAUGCCUCAAUCUGUCUGGAAAUGCAAUGAGCCAAAGUCCGAAUGGCUCCCAAUUUACCUUCCUGACUAACUUACAGUAUCUGGACUUCUCCUCAAAUCGCCUGGACCUUCUCUACUCCACUGCAUUUCAGGAACUGAAAAGCUUGGUUAUCUUAGACAUCAGUCAGAACAACCAUUAUUUUGAAUCUGAAGGUUUAACUCACAUGCUUAAUUUCACUGUAAAUUUACCAAAUCUCAAAGUAUUGCUGAUGAACCACAAUAAGAUCUCCACUUCCACUAACACAGAGCUGCAGAGUGACUCUCUGGAGAUAUUAGAGUUCAAAGAUAACCGGUUAGAUAUGCUGUGGAGAGAUGGCGACACUAGAUAUGUGAAUUAUUUCAAGAAAUUACGCAAUCUGGCUGUCCUCGAUAUCUCCCACAAUAACUUACCCUUCAUUCCACCACAAGUGUUCAGUGGUCUCCCAGACAACCUAUCUAAGCUCUACAUAAAAAACAACAGGCUGAAGUCCUUUCCUUGGGUGAAACUCAGCAUUUUAUAUUCCUUGCAAGUUUUAGAUCUCAGUGGAAACAAACUGACUAGUGUUCCUCGCAUGUUGUCCAAUUGCACAAAAUCCCUAAAGCAUCUUAUUUUACAUAAGAAUGAAAUUGUAAAACUCACGCCAGAUUUUCUCAGCGAUGCCUCCAAUUUAAAAUAUCUUGAUCUUAGUUUUAAUUGCAUUCAGCACAUUGAAAAGUCCAGUUUCCCAGAUGAAGUUGUUGACAAGAUGGACAUGUUACUUUUGCACAACAACAGAUUUUCAUGCACUUGCAGUGCCUCAUGGUUUGUCACGUGGCUCAACAGGACCAAAGUGACCAUCCCCAGACUGGGUACAGAUGUUGUUUGUGCAGGUCCAGCAGCACAUAGAGGUCAUCCUGUCAUCUCAGUUGACAUGCUAGCCUGUCAGCACAGCUACCUGUCAAUCGUGUUUUACACGUUGAUGACCUCCAUUGUCAUUGGUGUCCUUACCCUGUGCAUCUCUAGCCACCUUUUUCUGUGGGAUGUCUGGUACAUCUACCACUUCUGCCAGGCCAAACUCAAAGGUUACAGACGCCUGUACUCCCAGAGUGCUGUCUAUGACGCCUUCGUGAUGUAUGACGCCAACGAUCCUGCAGUGUCUGAGUGGGUGAUGAAGGAAAUGUGUGUCCACCUGGAACAGCGUGGAGACAGGCAUCUUACACUGUGCCUGGCCGAACGAGACUGGAUCCCUGGAUGUCCACUGAUCGACAACCUCUCACAGAGCAUCCACAAGAGCAAGAGGACCAUUUUCAUUCUCACUAACAAAUACAUCAAAAGUGGGAAAUUCAAGACUGCUUUCUACCUGGCCCACCAAAGACUAAUGGAUGAAAAAAAUGAUGUUAUUGUAUUAAUAUUCUUAGAGAAGGUUCCUUGCAAUUCAAAGUACCUGAGGUUAAGGAAAAGACUGUAUAAAAGGUCUGUGAUGGAGUGGCCAAGAAACCCUCAAGCACAGUCUUACUUCUGGUUCAGCUUGAGAAGUGUAUUAGCAACAGAGGGCCACAAACAGUACAGCAAUCUCUUCAAAGAGACACUCUAAACACAUUUGCUGAUGACUGAAUGCACUAUAUGACAAAGUAUAUCCUUCUGCAUGCAAUGUAAGUGUAACGUUUUCCUAAAACACAGACUUUUUCAAUGUUUCCUUACUUUUUAAAUUUUUAAUUCAUUCAUUCAUUUGUUUUAAGAAUUCAUUGCAUGCCGGUGUAAGUAAAUUGUCCAU